GAGGGCGGCAGUGUUGUCAUGUGAUUCUGUUUUGCCGCGCAGGAAGAAGCGCGUGAGAGGGGCGGAGCUUCAGUGCAGCUGAGCGACGUGUUCAAUUCAGACUGUCUGUUAGCAGUUCAUUCAUCACUGAAGACAUGGUGUUAUUAGAAAACGACGCGUUUCUGACUGAACUCACGCGUCUGUUCCAGAAGUGCAGGACCAGCGGCAGCGUCGUCAUCACUUUAAAGAAGUAUGAUGGCAGAACAAAGCCGGUCCCCAGAAAAGGGCAUCCAGAGACGUUUGAACCGGCCGACAACAAAUGUCUCGUCAGAGCUUCAGAAGGCAAGAAGAAGAUCAGCACAGUGGUCAGCACCAAAGAAGUCAUAAAAUUUCAAAUGGCGUAUUCAAACUUGUUGAGAGCGCACAUAGACGGCUUGAAAAAGAAAGACAAAAAGAGUAAAGGCAAGAAAACUAAAGCCACAUAGUGACGGACAGUAUUGGAGGAAAAGACAGGUUUCAUUCAACACUCACCAGUGCCACGCCACCUUCCCAUCAGCCCCUGCAGCGCCACCUUCAGUGCAAAACGCCUGAUAUUGUGUGGCGCUUCUGCAGUGAAAUCAUCAGGAAGAACCUGCCAACGUUUGACAACCGCUGCUUCAAAACAAUUCGUCUUCAAGUGGACCGACGCAACUAGAUUUAAUGAGCGUUUCAGUUAAUUGGGUGCAGAUGAGCCAGAUUCUAGUUUAUAUUUCAAGCCAUAUUUUGAUUUAAACAGUAUUUUAUAUGGUGAGUGGACAUUACGGUCAGUAACUUUCUCCUCCCGUUACAAUAAUCUCAGUUCUCCACUGUCUAUUUUCUUUUUGAAUGUGUUUUAAGUUUGAAAGAUCCCCUUUAGUGAAAGUUUAACAGUGGAGUUUUUAUAAAGCCGACUUGCUUUGGCGUAAUCGCCACCUUUUCUGAUCUGACAUGAACGAAAGCACCUUUGUCGAUUUGCAAAUAAAUGAUUUCUUUUAUUGGG